AUGAGUUCGUCAACAUCACCGACGAUUGACAAUCAACAUGGUAAUAAAAAGGAUGGUUCUUCAUCUCUCGCUGGAAAUCACUUAUCCGAUAUUAAGAGAGCCAUAACUGGAGCAGUGAACUGGGCCUGGGACGUACAGAGGGAUGAUCACUGGCGUGGUGAGGUCCGAACCAACGCCACCAUUACAGCUCAACAGGUCUUCUUUUACCAGUCCCUUGGCAGGGAUCCGAUUCCUGAUGCUGACGCAUACCGGAGAUAUCUCCUGGGAGAGCAACAAGAUGACGGUUCAUGGGCUCUUGCUUGGGAAACACCGGGGGAUGUUUCAACCAGCUGUGAGGCUUAUCUGGCACUGAAGAUUUUGGGCGUGAGCACCACUUCGGUGGAAAUGACCAAAGCACGACGUUGGAUACUCAAAGCUGGAGGCGUUGCUACUGUUCGAGUGUUUACGCGUAUCUUCUUGGCCCAGUUUGGCCUGUUCCCUUGGGACUCUCUGCCCCAGCUCCCCAUGGAGCUCAUCUUACUCCCGGCCAACGCCUGGAUCAAUAUUUACCGGAUGUCGUACUGGGCAAGAACAACAAUAGUCCCUCUCCUCAUUAUUGCGCACCAUCAGCAUAUCUAUGCACUGCCAAACGGAAGAUCCGAGCAAAAUAACUUUCUUGAUGAGCUUUGGCUUGAUCCCACAAGAAAGACUGUCCCCUGCUGCCCCUCAUUGUGGAGUGGGAUAAAGUCGGGCUUCUAUACCUGCUUCUUCUCGGCGGUUGAUAACCUACUUUAUUAUCUCAAUGGUCUAAGAAAUUUUCCUCUUCGUUCUUUAGCCCGCAAACGGUGCGUGGAGUGGAUUCUGGAGCAUCAAGAGCCGACAGGCGACUGGGGAGGGAUCUCACCACCGAUGCAUGCCGGUGUUCAAGCACUACUUCUGGAAGGAUUUACUGAGAAAGACAGGGAAAUACGAAUUGCAAUCAAAGCCGUCGAGAGAUUUACAUGGGAAGAUGCUUCUGGCAAGCGCAUGCAAUCGUGCGUGUCCCCGGUGUGGGAUACCGUCCUGAUGACACGAGCGAUGUGCGAGUCUGGGGUGGCCAACAAGGAUGAUAGUCGCCUACAGCGAGCAGCAAGCUGGAUCGAGCGACAGCAGAUCCGAAAGUGCAAAGGAGACUGGUCCCACUACAGGAGUCAUUUACAGCCUGCUGGCUUUACCUUCCAGUAUCACAACGACUGGUACCCUGACCUUGACGAUACAUCCGCUGCCGUCAUCGGCCUUCUGCGCCAGAACCCAGCUUCCGUUACAUCAGACACUGUAAUCAAAGCAGUGGAGUGGAUGUGCGGAAUGCAGAAUCGGGACAAUGGAUGGGGAGCCUUUGAAGCUGACAAUGACCGUCUGUGGCUAAACGAGAUCCCCUUCAGCGAUCUUGAUGCGCUCUGUGAUCCGUCAACAUCAGAUAUCACCGGUCACGUCCUUGAGGCUCUUGGGAUGUUUUCUAAAGAGCUAUUGAGAAGGGAUACCAAGGAUUAUAAGCACUGGUGUGUUCUUGAGACAGUAACUGCGGCAUCUAGCCGCGCAAUACAAUUCCUGGCUGUGCAGCAGGAAACUUUUGGCGCGUGGUGGGGCCGCUGGGGGAUCAACUAUGUGUACGGGACCAGUGCCGUCCUCUCUGCUUUGGCUUAUUUCUGCGAAAGUGAUGAAAGGGUUCAAGAAAUGAUGUCCGCAGGGGUGCGGUGGCUCAAGCACGUUCAGAAUCCAGAUGGUGGAUGGGGGGAAGGCAUUGAGUCCUACAAGGAUCAACGACAAGCAGGAAGAGGCGUGUCAACCGCGGCUCAAACGGCAUGGGGCAUAAUGGGACUUUUAGAGACGUUGGUUUCUGAAAACGGAACUGGGGCAUCUUGGGACACAUCUCGGUAUACCGCCACGGGAUUCCCGAAGCAUCUGUACUUGGAAUAUGCUCUCUAUAAGCAUUACUUUCCUUUGAUGGCUAUGGGAAGAUAUGCCAGGGCUCUUGAGAAGAAAUACGUAGCAAACUUUGGGUAG